AUGCCCAAAACAGCGACAUGGGAGCGCAUCGAAGAGCCGCGCGUCUUGAAUAUCGUUUUAUCCGAGGCGACAGAGCCAGAGAUCAAGCGAAAGUUGACAGACUGGAUCCACAGCGCCGGCAAGUCUGGCCGAGUUACCAAAGGCGAAGGCGAGGGUGCAGACGGUACUUGGUUUGGUCACGGCGAGCACCCGGCUCAAGACGAGGCUGCUGUUCGCAAGCAAAAGAGAGAGGGGGUCGCCCAGGCUGUGGCGCACAUGGAACAGUCUCGCUUGGAGAAAGAGCCCUUUCGGCUGGCUUACACACCAGUUCAAUUGAUCAACGAUCAGCUUGUGUUGGCGUCCUUACUGGACGAUGGCAUUCAAGACGUGAAGCUGGAGGGUGUUUGCCUGCUCACAAGCCAGCACAUGAUAGAGGAGGCGCGGCGGAUCUGCAAAGGAGGUCGCUUGGGAAGUUCACUCACUCUCGUCAGUGAUUGGACGUAUAAAAUUGGCUGCUCCGGUUGGGGCUACGGUGCCCUUGCCCUUACUCAAAAACAUCUGGGGCCCGAUGGCAUGCCGGCGACGCAGCCGGUCCUCGUGUCCCUGGCGGUCGGACCAAAAGAAGACCGUGCGGUGAUAGCGUGCACCUUCUCCACGUUCCUCGCGGUCAUGGCUCGUCACAAUGUCGACAUCCUGGCUCGCUUGCGGUUUAUCUUGAUGGAUGGCACGGCGGCAGGCCGUUUGGCGGCCGAGAAGAUUUUCCCUAUGCUGACGCACCGUUUGGACCUGCAGCACGUCGUGACGAACGUGAGAGGCCUGCCAAUUCGCGUCGCAGGGUCCAAGGAGAACAAGCUCUAUGCUGUGUCCCAGAUCCAAUGGUCCUCUUCGUUGCCGACCGCCAUGCUUUUUCACCAUCACUGGCUCUGUGUCUUCUUGGAGUUGGCGCAGAAGCAAGCGUACGACUUGAUUCGUUAUCUCCAAAAGGAGGUUCUCUAUAUGACUGACAAUGUGUGGACUUCCUCUUGGUGCGGAGGAAUUCAUUCCAGCGUGCCGGGCCACGGCCCACACACGGCUCAACAGGCACUGGAAAGGUUCAACCGUACACUGAAGCAGUCGUUGCCCGCCUCGUACCACCUCUAUGGCCUUCAGGAGAUUACUGGUCGUGUGGAGUCAGGGCUGCGGGCCAUAGCCAUCGAGAAUGGCUUUGUGCGCGAGAGUGACGAAUCUCUCAUUUUCCAGCCGGCAGAUCCAAGAGUUCCUCCCAAGGCACUCAUCACGGACGACUGGCUUCAAGAACCGCGCGACGAGGAGGGCAAUCAACCCAAACUUCCUCCGGUUUGGCGCUUCGUGGAGUUUUUGCCUGAAAAUUUCAUGGCGUCAGCCGUGUCGGGGGCCGUCCAGGAUUGGCGGGUCCACCGGAUUUAUACAUAUCCAAUUCAGCAGCCAGGUCUUCGAAUCGAUCAAGAAUCACACGAGAAGCUGCAUCGUCUCAUCGCCGCACGAACACCCGCGGCGUUCAUGCAAGCCGCGAAGGACCUGGAUCUGGUCAAGCAGAUGGACCUGGGUGAAAUGGUUUCUGUUGCGCGCGUGCGUGCCCUGCUCAAGGAGCUGGCCAUGACAAUGGUGCUACAGCAUUCCUGGUAUGGGCACACUCUGUUGUGCACGUGCGCCUCGGUCUACAGGAGAGUACGUUUCAUCCGGGCGGGAGGUGGAGCCUUCUGUCGGGAUGGCGUUUGUGUCCACAUUUUGUUGACACGAUGGAUGGAGGGAGAUCCUGCGAUCAAGUUGGCGUCGGUGUCGGAAUAUUGCGCAAAGAAUGCCAUCCCGACCGUCGACGGAGCUGAGGCGGCGCUGCGGGCCAGACUGUUGCCUCAAGGUCCUUUGGUGCGCCGUUUGCCUACGAGGUCGGCCUGGACUACGCUAGCAGCACUUGUCCAGCAAGCCAAAGCACGUGCUCAGAAGAGGAGGGAACAGGCCAAUCAGACGAAAAAGAAGCUGGCUGGGUUUUGGCACAGUCCCAAUGCUCGGGGGCCAGAGGCUGCAGUAGCCGCAGAUGCGGCCGAGAGGGCGGAGCACACAAGGCGCCUGGCGCUGACGCGUGCAGUCGCUCGCGUGCAAAGCCCGGCUUUCGCAGUCCAAAUGGAUGGCAUCUCUGACCUCUCUUCUAUGGCGAUGACUUUGCAGGAGGCGCAGGAGUUGCGUGCAGAUGAUACCGUGCGCCUGCUCUACAACGACACUAAGACACAGCAGGCCAUCAGGCUCAUGGCGAAGCAGCUAUUGGAGCGGGUCCUCAACUCGGACGCCUCGCCGCCCGCAGCAGAAGCGACCAUCGCCUUCCCCGUAGACGGGCUGUGGCUGUCGCUAGUACGUGCGCAGGAGCUUGAGCUGGCUUCGCAAAUGACACGGGUCAAGGGCGUGUCGUCCGUCGCUGCACUGCUGCCGCGCGCUGAGGCUCCAGUAAAGGGCGCGUCGUCCGUCGCUGCACUGCUGCCGUCAAGGGCGCGUGGCUACACGGCUGCCGCACUGGUCUGGCGAUCCGACGGAGCGAACUUCGCAGAAGACUGCGUGAAAAACAAACUUUGGGUUGCUGCUGCCAGGGAGUCGCGGGUGUAUGGUGCUCGUGGCAGCUCCGUUGGUGACUGUGGUGACAGCUUCAGAUCCUUUGGUGUCGGCAAACAGGGUUUUGGUGACGGCUUCCAUCACUACACUUCUGCGAAGGAUGUGGACACUGCGGAGGCGGCCGCCGCCAACGUCGCUGCGGGCAAUGCAGCAGUGCCCGCACCGGCUUCGGUUCCGCGACAGGAGUGCAGAGGCCAGCGCCCAGGUGGGUUUGGUUUUCUGGACUGUCUCGGUAGACACGGAAUAGACCACCCAGGGCCUGAGAAGACCAACCCGGGUCCGGCCCCUUGCUUCGAGAAGCGGCGCUCGCAUGAGUGGCGCACGGAGGAGGAGGAGCUCGGUCGAAACAGCAGCAUGCCAAAUGUGCAUUCGGUGCUCGGCCCGCCAAGCAGAGACAGCUUGCCGAGUCGCCCAGGGCCAGAUCAGGAUGCCCCCAAGGAAAGAAGCUGCAGGCGGAACGGAUGGGACCCUCAUUUCAGCUUUCCGAGCUACUCUGAGGACCGCUUUGACAUCAAGGACUGCAAAGCAGCUGGCACACAUGCUGGCGAAUCUAGAGCCAGCUCUCGCGCAGCCUCAACACCGUCCUCACCACCAGAGUCUAGUCCCUCGGAAGGUGAAUCUGGAGGGAGCAGUGCUGGAUCGCAUCUCAGCAGUGGGCCGAACAGCUCAGUCUCCUCCAAAGACAUGCCAGAUGUAACGAAGACGGCAUCCAAGGUGCGCUUGGAUUGCGACACUGUUGCUUCGGGCAGCAAGGCCUUUGAUGUUCACGAGGAGGCCAGCCCCAAACAACGAAGGGCAUCGAUCUCCUUGCCUUUGGUCUUGCUGCCCAGUCAUGACGCCGCCAAGUCUGGUGUUGGCUCAACACCUGGGAGUAGUGGCAGCAGCCUGAAACGACGAGACAGCACCAGCAGCUUGCUGAGGAGGCGGAGGACUAGCACGCUGGGUCUGCUUCAACAAGAGUUGGCGGAGCCGCUGAAGGGCGCCAUCUUUAGGAGCAAGGUCCCGGAGCAUUGGCUGCCGCCCUCAGAUGCAGAAGCAGGUAGCUUGGAGCGGUCUGAGCUCGGGGCGGAGGCAACCGCAGAGGUUCGCCGUUGGCUCCUGGGCCACACCUCCGGGCAGCAAUGCUCGCAGGUCAUUCUCGAUCGAGCACUGACGGUUCUUUCGAAUUUCAAGCUGGCCAGCGGAUGCGAGUUGGAAGUGUUGGGAGGACCUCUCGGAGCGCUUGUUGGCGGGUACAGCGAUGCGGACUGGCUUUUCAGCGAGGUCUUCAAAAAGCACCCGUCCGACGCCAUCCGGGAGUCCUUCGCCCUCCUGGGCUUCCGGAACCGCUUCGACGGUGACUGGUCAAGCACCUCGGUCGAGGAGAUCUCGCUUGUCUAUCGGCGGAUGUGCCUUCGCGGGCAUCCCAGCCGAGGAGGAUCGCCGAAGGACUACUUGAAGCUGCAGGUAGCCAUGGAGCUCAUCAAGGCCUUCUGCGGAGAUGCCGGCCCAUUGCAGGUGGACCGGCGAAUUCAAGCGCAUGCUUCCUUGCCUGAAGGGCCAGAUGCUGGGACGGCCGAAGCUAGCCAUUUCGUGCUCAGCGACCUGUCCCUGGCUCGGGAGCUGCAGCUGAGCGCCGCGGAGGCCUCGAAGGAGGCAUCGCAGCUCAGUGCUGAGCACUUAGAGGAGAUGAACCGGGCGCUAGACGAAUACAUCCUGAGGCAAAUGUGCUUCAAGAGUGAGAUUGUGGAUGAAAUUGCACGUCUCCACGAGGACUCUGCCUACGCGAUCCUGGGCGUAUCCUCCAGUGCGACUGAUGCCGAGAUCAAGAAGGCCUACCGACUUAUCGCCAUGCAGUGCCACCCUGACAAGGGCGGCGACAAGGAGGAUUUCCAGGAACUGACCAACGCCUACGAAAAAAUCAUGGAGCAGCGACGCUCGGCCGACGACAGGGGCUUCAAGGAGCACGGCCACGAAAACAGCGAGGGCGAGGAGCCCACGCCGGUUCACGGCAAGAGCCAAGCGAAGCCGCGGAAGAAGGAGAGUUCCGCUUGCACCUCCGAGGAUGAAGAGGACGGCUCGGCAGACAAGGCCGAUUCUGACACAGCCAGAGAGGCAAAAAGAGCUGCCCAGGAGGAUACAACGCUCCUGGAGAAGGCUAGCAAGGCAGCGGAGGAAGCCUCACGCUAUGCCAAGACGGCAGCCGAAUUUGCGCAUCAGGCGGCAGAGGCUGCAGAAGCUGCGCGACGGGACCAGGAGCAGGGAGGUCGCGAGACUCUGAUCAAAUCAGUGGCUCACUCAGCCAUCGUCUACACCUUGACGGUGGUGAAGGCUGUCCGCGCCGUCGGCUAUGCGACUCUGGACGUGGCGGCGCAGUGUCGUGCAGCCGCCAAGCGAAACCCUGACGCCGUCAGCUGCGCAGAGCACGCGGUGAGUGCAGCGAGCUCAGUUCAUUGA